UCACUGAUGAGUUCUCAAACCAAGAAGACUGCACUUAAUCGCAAAGCUAAUCCAGUUCUGUAGUUAAUCUGGCAAGUUCAAGUAAAGUCAGACCACUCGACUAGUGACAAAAGCAACCAGCAACCAAGACCGUCUUCAUAUUUGGGGCUCUCCCAUCUGCCCAAGUUUUGCACAUUAUUGCUUGCUUAUGUGUCGCAGUUCCAGUGAUUCAUCAUCAAUCACAGAGAAAGAGCCAUCUCUUUUCGCGAGUGGAAACUGUACGACGAAUCUUAUACGAAUCCGAGGCCCGACUGGACUGACUGGACUGCCCACUACAGAAGAAUAUUUUCGCACUAUAUAUAAGUAUGGUGGUGCCCCGCUCAGAGGGAAAUUGAGCAGCAAGUUGCAAUCUUCAUCCGAAUUUUUCAGAAGGCCAAACGACAAAAAAUCUCGAAUUAAACCGGAGGAGGAGGAUGGCUAGCGAAAAAGCGAAGAAGACCAUCCUGAAAUUCGACACCGAGGAUGAUGUCGCGGUGGCUCUGGCCAAAUACACCGCCGAUCUCUCCCAAAGAUUUAUCCAAGAGAAAGGUUCUUUCAACGUCGUCCUCUCGGGAGGUACCCUAAUCGACACUAUGAGGUAUCUAACUCAGGCCCCUCACAAGGAAUCAGUGGAUUGGUCAAAAUGGAGCAUAUUUUGGUUGGAUGAGAGGGUGGUUCCCCUGGAUCACAAGGAUAGCAAUUACAAACUUGCCUACGAUGGAUUUCUUUCAAAGGUAUCAAUUCCAGGUGGUCGAAGUUUUCCCAUCAAUGACAAAAAGUCACCUGAGGGUGCAGCUGAAGAUUACGAGGCCCUUCACCGGGAUUUGGUCGAGAGAAAGAUCCUACCUUUGUCAGAUGCUACUGGUUUCCCCAAAUUCGAUCUCAUGCUUCUCGGCAUGGGACCAGAUGGGCAUGUGGCUUCUUUAUUCCCUAACCAUCCUCAGCGAAAUGAGAAGGAGCGUUGGGUGACCUUUAUUACAAACUCGCCAAAACCACCUCCACCAAGAAUCACGUACACCUUUCCUGUGAUCAACUCUUCGUCAGAAAUUGCAAUGGUGGUAACUGGCGCCGAGUUAGCCACUGCAGUGAAAGAUGUGCUGGGGAAUCCCAACUCGAAUUUGCCUGCCGCUGAAGUUUCCCCCCAGGGACUUCUCACCUGGUUUUUGGACAAGGAUGCUGCUUCAAAACUUUGAAGCACCAGGGAGUGUCCCUCACUCUUUUCAGCUAAUAAAAUCAGAGUGCUACGUGACAAAUAAAUAUUGGCUACCUGGAGGUUGGAAGUAGGCCAAAUUACUUGAAGCCUUAUGCUUUGUCUAAGAACGAUGUAUUAAAUCUUGUUGCCUGAAUCCUGCUCUGUUUCCGACACUAUUAGUUAAGAGACUGAUGAAUCAUGCUGACUGUCUUGUUUCCUUUCCCACUGUUAACAUUGCAAUAGGAGAUCUCUAUAUUCGCGUACUUCUGUUGGUACUAGAGAGCUGAAAAGCUAGCAAUCUGAUUGGUUUCUUGAAAGAAGGAUCCCAAGUACUAGAAACCGGGGCUGCAAAGCAAGGAGUUGCGGAUAUUAUCGGCUCUAACUUCAUCCGGCUGGGAGUUACGAUGGGGAGCAAGUUAAAGGUACCACAUGAGGAAAUCUAAACUUUAAAUUCUUUCC